UGCACCUUCACCCGGGUUAAUAAUGUUCACCUCUAGACUACAUGUUGUUCGGUAGCCUAUAUGAGACAUGCACACGGCUUUUACGAUAUAAUGGUGAGAUUAUCGCUAUUAGCUGCUUAAACAGAAGUAGUCAUCCUGCAGAAAACAGGAACAACCAGGUCUAGUGUUUUUUCUGAAAGUUUCAUAGGAGGGGCAACUUGUUUUUCUAGUUUGGCUACUUAUGUUUAAAAAGUCCAGCAGAUGAGCAGUCCACCUCCAGACGACCAUGGAGAUCCGUGUGAAGCAAACGUGCUUUCUAAUGUUUGUUUCAUCCCUCUGCGCUUCUGCAGAUCUCCACGCACCGCAAGUCCACACUAAGCUCGGGAGCCUGAGAGGAGAGUAUGUCAGCGUAAAAGGCAAGGAGACCGGGGUCCACGCCUACCUGGGCAUCCCGUUUGCCAAGCCUCCCCUGGGCCCCUCCCUUAGACUGGCUGCACCUCAGCCUGCAGAAGGAUGGGAAGGAGUGAGAGAUGCCACCAAGCAGCCACCCAUAUGCAUUCAAAGUAGAGAGAUUGUAUUGGAUUUAGCUGAAAAAUUUGGUCAGUCGUUCACGGAGCUCCCAGACACUUCAGAAGACUGUCUUUACCUCAACAUUUACACUCCUGCAGGCAAAGCUCCUGACGCCAAGCUCCCUGUCAUGGUGUGGAUCCAUGGUGGUGGCUUUGCCUUGGGGUCUGCUUCAACGUAUGAUGGCUCUGCCAUGGCUGCCUACCAGGAUGUAGUUGUGGUUCUGAUCCAGUACAGAUUGGGCAUUUUGGGCUUCUUCAGUACUGGAGAUGAGCACGUCUCUGGGAACUUUGGCCUGCUGGACCAGAUUGAAGCUCUGAGGUGGAUCAAAGAGCACAUUCACAACUUUGGAGGAGACUCAGAUUUAGUAACUAUAUUUGGGGAGUCUGCCGGUGGAAUGAGUGUAUCCCUUCUGCUUCUCUCACCAUUAUCUGAUGGUCUAUUCCACCGUGGUAUUGCUGAGAGCGGUACUGCUGCAAUGGACUCAUAUGUGGUUGGUGAUCCUGUACCAGUGAUGCAGAUGGUUGCAAAUGCAUCAGGCUGCAGCCUUGAGAGCACAGAGAAGAUUGGUGAAUGCAUGAGAAGCCUGGAUAUUGAUACCAUAAAGACAUUUACAAGUGAUCCUAGUGUGAGAACCAUUGUAACUAUUGAUGGACACUUCUUGAGAAAACCUGUACGUGAGCUGUUCGAUAAACACGAGCUCCUCACUGUGCCAUUCAUGACGGGUAUCAAUAAUCACGAAGGAGGAUGGUUGCUUCCUAGUUAUUUAGCUCCUCCAAACUGGACUGAAGGAAUGGACCGGGAACAUAUUGUGAACAUUAUAUCCAUGUUCUACCCUGAUCCCAAAGAUGCAUUAACCAGAGAUUUGAUUGCAAAUGAAUAUAUUGGAACUGGAGAAGACAGAGUGAGAAACAGAGAUGGAUUCACUGAGGUGAUUGGAGAUAUGUUGUUUACCAUUCCAGCCAUUGGAGCUGCAAAUGCUCACAGAGAUGCAGGCGCCCCUGUGUACUUGUACGAGUACCAGUAUCCUCCCCAAGCUCUGCAGAAAAAAAGACCGAGCUUUGUUAGAAGUGACCAUGGCGACGAGAUCUUUACGGUGCUGGGAUGUUGUUUCACGACUUCCCAUGUGACAUUUUCUGACGGAUGCUCUGAAGAGGAGGAAAAGUUCAGCAGAACCAUGAUGAGCUACUGGGGCAACUUUGCCCGUACUGGGUCUCCCAAUGGGGAUGGACUUGUACACUGGCCAAAGUAUGGGACAGAGGAAGAAUACCAGAUCAUUGAUUUAAAGGAGCAGGUAACAGGUCGGCACCUGAAGAAAGACAAGUUUGUAUUUUUGACUCAGAUCCUCCCUGAAAAGAUCAAACAACAUGAAGAGAGCGCGGAGCGCAGCGAGUUGUAGAGAUGUAUAUUGAGCUACAAUGUAGAGGAGUAAAUGCAUCUAUUAAUGCUGUACAAACUGAAAUCAUUUUGAAUUAAGAAAACUUUAGGCAGUGCUGUUUUUUUAAUACAUCUUAAGUAGUUCCUUGAUCAUGUGGAUUCUAAUAUAAAAUUAGCAUUUAUUACGGUUUAGUUUGUACUCAUGAAUCAAUUUUAACAGGUGGGGGGAGGGACCACUGAUGCUUUAACCAGGUUUUUCCAAAGGUACAUGGGGUACACAAGAUGUUUCUAAAUAAUGACAACCUUUUUAUGUUUAUGUGUACAAGCUGUAAACAUUAAUUAUGAAAACUUACUGUGGCACUGAAAUUAAUGAGCUGUGAAAAAGAGUCUCUUAGAUGAUCUCUAACACUUGCAUCUGAAUGUAAAACACACCCAAACCCUUAUAAAAAAAUAAAAUGAUGUGGGGAAAAAAGGUUGUCUUUUUAAU